CCCCUCCCCCAAUACUCAAAACGCUGCGGUGCCGUCCGAUCCAUCACCGCCUCAGCGAGGCGGAGGCAGGGCUGAGCGGCGCUGGGCGGUGCUUUGCCUUCCGCCUCCUCAGCUGCUUUGUCCCUCUGGGCGGCCCGUAGCUCUGCCCGCCAUCAUGGAGAGAGCUGAGGCUUCCUCGGAGGCUGUGCGCUACGCCGAGUACGCUAUGGGCCCUACGGGCGCCGGCAAGGGCCAAACCGAGCUGGACCGGAGUCUGGCCAGAUCUAUGAUAGCAGUUGGACUCAGUGUGGCAACGGUUGCAUUUGCAGGUCGUUAUGCAUUCCACCUUUGGAAGCCAUUGGGGCAGGCAAUUACAGAGACAGCAAAAAAGAUUUCAACUUCUAAUCUUUCAUUAUACUAUAAAGGAGGAUUUGAGCAGAAAAUGAGUAGGCGAGAAGCAAGUCUUAUUUUAGGUGUAAGUCCAUCUGCUGACAAGGCCAAAAUCAGAGCAGCCCAUAGAAGAAUCAUGAUCUUGAAUCAUCCUGAUAAAGGUGGAUCACCUUACUUAGCAACAAAAAUAAAUGAAGCAAAAGACUUGCUGGAGUCCAGUACCAAAAAUUGAAAUCGUUAAGACUUGAAUGAUAGAAAAACAAAGAAAAAAAAAUAAACAUCAGAAAACUCACACAGAACCACCCAGUUUCUUAUGCAUCUUUUUCUGGAAGAUUCAGCAGAUACGGUGUGCAGCAGCUUUCAUAUUUACUUGUUCUGCACGGUUGGUUAACAGUGCACUGGAUGCUUAUAUUUAUUGUUGAAAUUAAAGGUUUAAGACUA